ACGCUCAAUCUACGCCAAGCAGUUGGCCAGUUAGGAAGUGCAUCUUAUUGUGUGUAUGAAAAAAAAGUGUUAUUUUUUUAAAUAAAUUUAGUGCUUAUUUGAGAAUUAGAAGACUGAUUAAAGUGAUAUCGAGAUAAAUCCCCAGUGCAUACGGCAGCUGUGUAUCCGAAAACAAGAUGAAGAUUCUGUUUCUUCUGGUGGCCUUUGUGGCCGCGGCUAACGCUGUUUCCAUCUUCGAGCUGGUCAAGGAAGAAUGGAACGCCUACAAGCUGCAACACCGCAAAAAGUACGACAGCGAAACCGAAGAGCGCCUCCGACUGAAGAUCUACGUCCAGAACAAGCACAAGAUCGCCAAGCACAACCAGCGCUUCGAACAGGGACAGGAAAAGUUCCGCCUGCGCGUGAACAAGUACACCGAUCUGCUGCACGAGGAGUUUGUCCAGACGCUGAACGGCUUCAACCGUACGAACGCCAAGAAGCCAAUGCUCAAGGGCGUCAAAAUUGACGAACCUGUUACGUACAUCGAACCCGCCAACGUUGAGGUGCCAAAGACUGUCGACUGGAGAGAAAAGGGAGCCGUCACUCCGGUCAAGGACCAGGGCCACUGCGGAUCAUGCUGGUCGUUCUCGGCCACCGGUGCGCUCGAGGGACAGCACUUCCGCAAGACCGGCAAGCUGGUUUCGCUGUCCGAGCAGAAUCUGGUCGAUUGUUCCACCAAGUACGGAAACAACGGUUGCAACGGAGGCAUGAUGGACUUUGCCUUCCAGUACAUCAAGGACAACGGAGGAAUCGACACCGAGAAGGCCUACCCGUACGAAGCCAUCGAUGACACGUGCCACUACAACCCGAAGGCCGUUGGUGCCACCGACAAGGGAUUCGUCGACAUUCCCCAGGGUGAUGAGAAGGCACUGAUGAAGGCCAUUGCUACCGCCGGUCCAGUCUCGGUUGCCAUCGACGCGUCCCACGAAUCGUUCCAGUUCUACAGCGAAGGAGUCUACUACGAGCCCCAGUGCGACUCGGAGAACCUCGACCAUGGUGUCCUGGCCGUUGGAUACGGUACCAGCGAGGAAGGUGAGGACUACUGGCUGGUCAAAAACUCGUGGGGAACCACCUGGGGAGACCAGGGCUACGUCAAGAUGGCCCGCAACCGGGACAACCACUGUGGUAUUGCUACCGCUGCCAGCUACCCGCUAGUUUAAGCGCGAGCGUGAUCUUUUAGUCGUAAACUUCGUUUUUCAACUCAAAAUUGCAUUCUUCUUCUUUCGUUACUUUUUACCAUUCAACACAAAUUAUAGUUUUACAUUAUAGAGAACGAAUAAAAAUUGCAUCUUUCUAGAGAUAGGCAAUCGAA